AUGAAAGUAUGCCUGGUACUUCUUUCAGGUUUACCAGGAGCUGGUAAAACAACACUGAGUCUAGCUCUGCAGAAUCUCCAGCAACAGCAGAUGGAGUGUAUGGUGAUAAGUUUAGAUAAAUCAUCACAUUACAUAAUAGAUGCCGUAUUGGAAUUGGAUGCAUUUAUGAAUGAAAAUGGGAAAAAUAGUGAAGAUGUCUUUACACCAGAACUGUGGCAAAAAGCUCACGCAGCUGUGCGUGAGGCGGUACACCAACAGUUACUUUGUUCUCUUCUAAAAGAAGAAGAAAAAGAUAAAAAGAAGGGUUUGGUAAUACGUUUUGUAUUUCUUGUAGAUACAUUGCCAUACAGAAGUAUGAGGGCAGCUUACUGGAAAAUAUGCAGAGAUAUAAAUCAAAUGCAGCUUCUACAACAACAACAACAAGAACAAUAUGAAGAAAAUGAAAAUGAGAAGAAAAAAGAAGAAGAGGUUGUUGUGGUAAAGGAACCAAUAGAAUUGGAAAUACCUUCUCUUGUUAGUAUGAUAGAAGUGCGACUCAAUACACCACUAGAACUCUGUUUGGAGCGGAAUGAAAAACGUAUAGGAACUCCACAAUAUAUUCCUGUUCAUGUUAUUAAAAAUAUGAAUGAAUCUUUUGAUGUUGGAAUAACUCCUUCUCUCAUUUCAGUAGUGGAAGAGAAUUGUUGGAUGAUAUUAUCUCCUCAAGCAACACCCUCAUGGCCAGUGAUUCAACUUAAGGAUGAGAAGAGACACGCCUUACUUUCUUCAUCUAUGUUGGCAGAUCAACUAUUAAAACGUCUCUUUUCAUCCGAGUUAAUUGAUGAACUGGAGAAGCAAAAAGUUUCCUUGGUAAAAAAUGAAGAAAAAAGAAGAAUAAAAAAAGAACAUCAACAAAAGCAACAGGAACUAUAUACUUUGGAUACGUUAUCGAGGAAAAGAUUGUUUCAUCAAUUGGAUCUACGCAUGCGUGAGGUUGUGCGGGAACAUAUGGAGUUUCGAAAGAAGUAUGGUGGUAUGAACCCCAGUAUAGGAACAGAAGUAAGUAAGUGUAGAGAAGAACACUAUACGUGGGUAAAGGCAUUUCUGACAAAGCAUGAAACUUUUCAUUCUAUGAGUGUAGACGAAAAGGAUGCUUUGGUUGAUGAAUUAUUACUGGAGUUUAGAAAGAAACUCUCAGAAUUGUAG